AUGGCUAUAACGUGGAAGACACUGAAGAUUCUUCUAGCUGGAUCUUAUGGCAAGGUUUAUUUGACAGCUCCAGUGGAGUCAUCAACUCUUUCAGCAUUGGCAGCUGUGAAAUCUGCUGAUGCUUGGCAUUCCUCAGCUUUACUAGAAGGGGGUUUGUACUUGAGUGAGCUGAGAGGACACCCCAAUAUUAUCCAGUGUUUUGGGCAUGAUAUCAGCACUGAAAAUGGUGAAGAUGUCUACAAUCUGCUUCUCGAGUACGCGGCCGGGGCUCCCUUCAUGAAUCAUGACUUGAUCAACAAGAAUAAAGGUACUAUACCCGAAUCCCUUGUGGCUUGUUACACUUUUAUAACACUCAAGGGUCUCUCUGCUAUUCAGGAAGUAAAUAUUGUCCACCGUGAUAUCAAACCUGGUAACAUCCUGGUUUACCCUAGUGGUGAUCAUGAGAAUAAUUAA